AACUAAAUUGAUUUUUGGAUUUAUAAACUUUACUUUCUGUUGUGUAAAAAGAGCAUGCAUUCUCCUAUAAUUCAAUACCAAAUGAUAUCUCAUAUUUUCUGAUAACAAACAAAAAAAGUUAUUGAAGUUUAAUCCUAACAGAAUAGUGAAAUAUAAAAACGAGUACUAUCGAAAUGAGUAAAAUAAUUACGGAGAGAAAGAGUUAAAACUAGAAUCUACAAAGAAAGCAUUCAUCAUCUUCACCUUUGAACUCUUGCUGUAGUUCAUCCAGCAAUAACGACCACAUUCUAGUUCUGUGGGUCUUUCAGUUCUCGGAAUCAAAAGACAACUUCACACAGAAAUGUUGUUUCAUGGGCAAGAGAGCUCUACUAUAAAAUUCAAUGCACGCCAGACGUGAGACAGUUUACAGUUUCUCUAGAUCAGCUGCAGUUUACGUGGUAGUGCUAAAAUGUUGGGGUGUAAAAUGUUGGUAAUUAAUCUGAUAUGUCAAGUUGGUCAAUAAAACACACACACACGAAGGAAGAAUGACCUUUAACCCUUGUUUUAUUGCCCUAAAUUAUAUCUUCUCCCUGGCUGUACUCCAGCUAAAGGCUGAUCCAACGGAUCUAGUCGAUAACAGAAGCCAAGACACAGCUGCAAAGGGCUACCAUCUUUUUCUACACAGACUAAAAAGCGAUGACCACAAAACAGACAAGCUCUCUCACUUAGGAAACAAUGUUCUACAUCGACAAGAUAGUAUCUUCAUCAAAGCAGGCAGGGGAUUCAGCUAUACGACAGAUGCAUACAACUAUCAGUAUGUAAAGCGUAGAGGAUUGACAAGUGCCAAAUUUAAAGAGAUAAACAUGCCUCUAUUAGACAAACUACAGAGAAAGACUAGAUCUACGAACACAAAGAGAUUUGUUCAGAUAAGACCGCACCGUUUGAAACAUAACAUUCCAGAGUUUCUUUCAGAGAAAAUAAUCAAGAACCUCAAGUCUAACAAUGAAAACCAAUCAGACGCCAAGUUUCAUAAUGAGGUUUUACAGAAUGCAGGACAUGUCAGUGUUUUCAGCACUAAUGUAAGCUUAGCAUCACCAACGUCCAGCGAUGCUAAUGAUAUAGAAACAAAACUGAAGACUGUUAAUGUCCAGAUUGAGAAUCCACCAGUAAGACCGAAUGAUUUGAACAACACAGUGAUAGAUGGUGUAAACUCAAACAAUAAGUCUAGCAAUGCAAUGAACAAAGAAGAAGUUAACAAAAAACUGCAAGAGAUUUGGAAGACAGACUUUAAGUCUUCUACGAAUGAUGUAGCAGACACAAUGGCAGUUCUCGCCCUUGCAGUAAAACUAUUAUAUGAAGAGCAGAACAUUUUAAGAGAUUCCAAUUUUAAGCUACAAAGUGAAAUUACAGCAUGUCAAGGUCACUCUCGUUACAUUCAGACCAAAGUGAACAGAUUGCAAGAGUGGAAACUUGAUUCAAUGAACCAAAUCAAUGCCAUCGAGCAGUGGAUAAAACUCAAAUUUAUAUCCAUGAGGAAAAAACAUAGACAGGUUCAGAAAAACAUAGCCGCUUUAAAUCAGCUUUAUAUCAAAACAAUGUGUCACGUUUGCAAUGUAUCGACUCCUGACAGUGGUAUGCUACACAUAAAAGGUUCUCUCCAAACACAGAGAUUUGUAUUACAAGCGAAGAAACGGUAUCAUGCUACUAUGAGAAGUAUUCAGGAUCAUGCUACUAUGAGAAGUAUUCAGGAUCAUGCUACUAUGAGAAGUAUUCAGGAUCGCAGAAAAAGAAGCGGUAAAGUCCACACUGAACAACCACAAAACACAGUCAAGGAUUUAGGUAAGCUCCAAGGUAACAGGAAUGUACUAGAUGGCAAAGGCGACAGAGACUAUAACAUGUCGAGAGGCAAUUCAGCUGGAACUGAGAUUGUCACUCUAAAGGAAAACACCACAACUGCUACUGUAGUGAAGUGGUUUCAAAGCUUUGACGAUCUCACCAACAAAAGUGAAACAGAGGGUUCAAGGUCAGAACACCGGGUUGAUGAAUAUCUGAUGACAAAUAGUGCAGGUCAACAAAAUGAACGUCAAUAUGGUGACGUUUUAUAUUCAACCGUAUCAACAAGUGCUACACUAAAAACAACGUUGGAUGUCUCUCAAAACCAAGCACUAAAUGUAUCUGAUGCUGCUGCUCUUAGUUUGACUACAUUCACAGAAACAUUUACCAUUAAUACAAGCUCGUCAUCUACCAACACAACUUACAAGACAGAUUCUUCAACACUUACAUAUCAAACUACGUCAGGACCAGCUCUUGACUUACAGACUAAAGGAAUUGACAUGUCAGAAGCAACCCUUAAGGCAUUACAAAGAACAUAUAGUCUGCCAUCAACUGAUGUAGAACAAAUACAUGUAUCCACAACCCACAUCGAUGAUUUAGCAUCAAAAACAAAUUUGAGUCAGGACUUGAUGAACGAGACAGUUAAUGUCACAAAUUCAAACCUAAAAGAUCAAUUAUAUUCUUUCUUUUUUGAUGCAAGGUCUAAACAAGACGUAUCCAACUCCUCACAUUUAAGAGACGCGCGUUUUGUGGCUGAAGAACAUUUAUCAAACAAAACAUUUGAAGAGAUUCAAUCAAAUGCGAUACUUCGCGAAAACGAUUUCUCUAAUUACGAAGAUAACAUCACAGAUACACUAUCUGCAUUGUUCAAUCACACCACAGAUACACUAUCUGCAUUGUUCAAUGACACCACAGAUACAUUAUCUGCAUUGUUCAAUGACACCACAGAUACACUAUCUGCAUUGGUCAAUGACACAAACAUUUCUAGCCAAACUUAUCCUUUCUUGAAUCAAUCAUUGCCUGAAACAACUAGUGAACCAUCUAAUCAAAAACAAGAUUUGGAGUUUUCUAACUCUGAGGUUACUUUAACAAAAAAUAUUUUAGAUGUAAAUGUAACAGGUACUGAGAUACAAAUCAAUGGCUCGAUAUCAACUUUUAUUUCAAACUUCAGUGACUACAUAGUUAACACUACUGAGUCAAGUACACUCAAUGAAACAACUCAUACAUUCACUAACUCUUUAACAGAGUCAAGUACAAUGAAUGUAACAACCCAACCUUUAAAUAACUCAUUUACUGAGUCAACAGACUUUAACAGUUUAGGAAACGAAACCCAGAACUUGUUUGAUUACAGUCCAAGUGCAUUGAACAAUUCCAAUCAAGAUUCUCUACACCAAGUGUCCACUGUUAUCAACAAUAGUACACGUUUCUUUCGCCCUGACAGUACAUCUGUCUUCUCAAAACCAAAUUUAGAGGAAAGAGUUAAAGUCUUAGAGCAAACUGUUGUAAGAUUGGUGUCUACAUGUCUGAAUAUUUCAAGCAUCAAGCAAGAAAACGAAAACAAAAGUCUGAACCUGCUGAAAAUGUUGACCAAGCAGAAGUCUGCCACCGAGUCACUCACUGAAGAGUUCCGCAAACACAAGACAGAGACAAGCAAUAUCAGGAGCAAUGUCAGCAAACAUUACCAGCAUUCCAACACAGUCCACACUGAGAUGAGAAACAAGACUUUAAAGCUGGGUCAGGAGCUGAAAGAACAGGGAGCUGAGUUGCAACAUCUUCACGCUUAUCUGACCAAAGCAUCAUUAAUGUUGACCAAGCUGGCUAGCCAAGUUUCUGCAAUUAAUAUGAAAGAAUUCAUUACUAAAGUUCGAGAGUCGAUAUUCAAUUUGACCAAAGAGAUAGUCACAACUGACCAGUGGAGAUCGAGUCUGGCACAACUUGAGAACAGUACUAGCGACAAUAAGUAUUUUCAUUAAUAAUGUAGAUAUAUAAUACUUUAAAUAACAAUAGUGUCUAUUAGAAAUACUAAGACAUUAUACAACCACGUUGCGAAUGAAAUAGAUACAUCUACUGAAAUCAAUGACGGCUGAUGUCACAAUGCUUGACUAAAUAAACAAUGGCAUACGCA